AGCUUAUUUAAUGUCUAUUUUUCUUUGUUAUCAGUAACCACCUGCAUUUUAACUCGACAUGGAUUGGAAUAUGCCCAUAAAAAGGUUGUUCCCUCCUCUCAACCUGCCGUUCAGACACAACUUUCUGUGUGGACAGAUAUACCCACCGUUGAUAGACGGCAACGAGAUACACAGAACAUCAAACUACGAGCUGAGGGAUGACGAUGUUAUUUUGGUUACCUAUCCUAAAUCAGGGACUCUAUGGGUACAGCAAAUACUGAAAUGUCUUUACGAGAAGAACGGUGUGAACAAGGACAGCAGGAUUUCACUCAGAAACAACCUUUCCCAGGCAGUGCCCUGGAUUGAGCUGUUAGAUAUUGAGGAGUUUAACGCUAUGACAUCGCCCCGAGUUAUGACAACACACGAAACAUACAAUAACUUAGCCUGGAGACCCGGAACUAAGACUAAGUACAUCUACCUGACCAGAAACCCUAAAGAUGUUCUGGUCUCUUACUUUCAUCAUAUGUCCGGCUAUAGGUACUCAUUAAAGUAAUUGUUUGAUUUGAUUAAUUGAUUUAAUUAAUUGAUUUGAUUAAUUGAUUUAAUUAAUUGAUUGAUUGAUUGAUUUAAUUAGUUGAUUUAAUUAAUUGAUUUGAUUAAUUGAUUUAAUUAAUUGAUUUAAUUAAUUGAUUUGAUUAACUGAUUUAAUUAAUUGAUUUGAUUAAUUGAUUUAAUCAAUCGAUUUGAUUAAUUGAUUUAAUUAAUUGAUGUAAGUAAAAGUUAGUUUAAUUUCGGAUUUCCAACUAAUUGUUACCUUAACUUUGAAUGAGUAGAUGCGGUGGAAUAAUAUACAUCUCCCUUUAUAUACUUAUAUAGUAGAUAUAAAAUAAUAUGAUGCAGUAUGCACCGAUCAUUCUAGAAGAUAUGGACUUCUUAUAAGAUAUCUGUGUUAAAUCUGAAACAUAAUCUGUAAAUGAAACCAAAACAGUAGUAGUUAUAAUGAAUUAGUCGUACUGAACUAUCCCUCCCAUUUUUACCACCGUACCCAUGCUAAUCCAUAUUCUUCUUCAACAAAAUUAAUUGUAGAUGGAUCAACAUAUUGUACACAUCCGAUCAUUGAUGAUUUUAAACCGAAAUAUUAUUUGGCAUUUUUGACAUACCUGCACCAAAUGCCAUUAUUUCUUUCAUGUGAAUGCAUGCUUUGACGGCAUAGCUGCCAGGGUCAUGUCUCACCGUCAGCUUCACUUCAUUGCCACAGUUCAGAUGACAAGGAAUUCUAUACGUUUGGCCUUCUAUAGUCAAAACAGGGCUGAUUUUGAGAACUCCUCAGAGAUUCUCAAUUCCUGUAUCUAUGUUAACUACAAAUACUUUCGU